GCUAAGCCUCGCGCGGUAAGUACACGCAUAGUAUUUUAGUUUGUGUUCAUUUCCCCUUCCCUUCCCUUCCCUUUCUCUUCCUUUGCAAAGCCUAGGGUUUUGGUGCGAAUCGAAGCGCUUCCUGCUCGCGCUGCGCGAGACCAAGGAGGAGCGGGAGGCCCGGAUCCGGAGCCUCUUUGGCUUCUUCAACAAGGCAGGGCUUGGCUACCUCGAUUAUGACCAGAUCGAGACUGGCCUGUCCGGUCUCAACAUCCCCGCUGAGUACAAGUACACUAGGGAUCUCCUUAAGGUUUGCGACUCUGACCGCGACAGGCGGGUCGAAUACCAGGAGUUCCGUAGGUACAUGGACGGCAAGGAGCUCGAGCUCUAUCGAAUCUUCCAGGCCAUCGAUGUCGAGCAUAAUUGCCCGAGGAACUCUGGGAUGCCCUCAUCGAGAGGUUGAUUUGGCUAUGGAAACAGAUAUGGAUCGCGAUAAGGGCCCUCAGAAGAUGUCAAAUGGUGCACCAUUGGAGAAGGAAACUGAUGACACACUCAUGGAGAAGGAAACUGACAGGUUUCAAGCAUGGGCGAAAAUAAGGGUGUCGACAUGGAGGAGGGAUCACUAGAGAUUGGCAUGGGUAUGGAGAUAUCAUCAUAUGCCUGCUUACAUUUUCUUUUGUAUAGUCUGAUCUAUGCUGACCAAUAAACUAUAAAGAAAUUUGAUGGGGUAUUUUUCAGUUGAUUAGUUUUCUGUAGGUGGAAAGGUCUGAACUAUUGAGUAGCAUCAACAAUCAACAUCCUUUGAGUCCCACCAAUCUAAGGCUUCAGAAAAUUGCCAUAAUUGUGCUUCAACCAUGUUUUAUAUUCUAGAGUUGUAUGCAUAUAUAGUUUUGAUCCAUAAUGUUGGUGCGGUUAGCACUAACGAUUUAACCCAGGUUUUGAUGAAUGACAAAUAGGUUAAGUUA